AUGCUCCUCGUCAUUCUCGCCGUCGCCAUCCCUCUCCUCGUCUUCCCCAUCGUGCGCGGCAUCGCCAAGCACGCCCUGUCGACCUCGGUCCUCCACAUCGACGCGUCCAACAUCACGUUCCCGUCCAACGAGUCGUUCACGCUCACGCUCGAGGGCCAGGUCAAGAAGGUCGGCGUCUUCCCCGCCCAGCUCUACUUUGAGCGCCCCGUGCGCGCCUACUGGGUCAGCCCGCGCAACACGACGCGCGAGAUCCAGAUCGGCCACUUUGCGCUCGAGCGCAUCGGCGUCGCCGCCGGCCACGGCCGCAUCAAGCAGCAGACGACCUUCUACAUCGACGACCAGGCCGGGUUCGCCGAGUUCGCCCAGUACCUCAUCACCCAGGACGCCUUUACGUGGCGCCUCAAGUCCGAGUCGGUCCAGGCCAAGGCGCUCGGCUUCAUCUCGGCCAACAAGCUCGACUUUGUCAAGGACUUGACCCUGCCCGGCAUGGCCAACUUUACCAACAUCGGCAUCUUCGACUUCCAGCUCCCCGGCGACGACCCUGCCGGCGGCAUCUCGCUCAGUGUCGGCGCGUCGUUGACCAACCCGAGUUCGUUCGGCAUCCAGAUCGGCAUCCUCACCGCCGGCCUGUAUUACGGCGACCUGUACCUCGGCCCGGCGCAGACGGCGUCGCCCGUCAACCUCACGACAGGGCCCAACUACCUGCACCUCGUCGGCCGCCUCGUCCCGUACCAGGACGACCCGGCCGCGCUCGCCCAGCUAUCGACCCUGUUCUCGUCGUACCUCAACGGCGACACGAUCCCGGUCCAGGCGCGUGGCCUGUCGAUCGCGCUCCCGAGCGGCGAGAACAUCGCCUGGCUGUCGACGGGCAUCUCGGCGCUCACGCUCAACGUCCCGUUGCGGUCGCCGACGGGCAAGAUUGCGCCCAUCACGGCCAUCACCAUCGAGGCCCUCUCGCUCGGGUUCGACCCGAGCGCGCCGUACGCCCCGACGGCCAACUCGUCGGCCAUCGCCGCCGGCUUUGGCCUCCCGUUCGGCUUCAGCCUCGACAUCGUCUCGCUCAAGAACAGCUUCGGCAUCGUCGACAACCGCACCAUCGUCGCGUCGCUCGAGUCGCCGUACGGCUCGUCCAACACGACCAUCACCUCGCGCAACGCCGGCUACACGGUCGGAGACAUCGACCUCGAGCUGCCUCUCGCGCCACUCACGAUCGGCAACGACCAGGACGCGCACCUCGCGUUCAGCCAGUUCGCGUCCGACCUGACCAACACGAACGGCUCGGCCUUUACGCUCGUCGGCAAGACGUCGGCCAUCACCAACACGCCGCUCGGGCAGGUCUCGCUCACCGACAUCGGCUUCACGGUGCCCGCCGGCCUCAUCGGCCUCGAGGGCCUCACCAAGUUCCCGACGCUCAUCAACUCGGUCGACGUCGUCGGUGGCACGCCUGACGCCAUCGUGCUCAACAUCGCCGUCGGCCUCACCAACCCGUCCAACCUCGACCUCAUGGUCGGCAACGUCACGUUCCAGCUGUUCAAGGGCAAAAGCUUCCUCGGCACCACCGUCCUACCUGAGCUGCACCUAGUCACGGGCGCCCAAGAGCACGCCGCCGUCGGCUACUUCCAGGCCAACAACAACGAGGACUCGCUCAACACGCUCCAGGCCUUCGUCUCGGGCGAGGACACGGCCCUGUCGAUCUCGGGCUUCAACGGCUCGAGCGCGGUCGAUUCGCUCACCCAGGCGUUCAUGGCGAUCCACCUCAACACGACGCUGCCCGGCCUCAAGACCAAGCUCCUCAACUACGCCAACCUGACGGUCCUGCCGACGACGGGCUACGCCAACGACCUCGCCGACACGACCGUCUCGCUCGCCAACCCGUUCACGUCGGCCCUCACCGUCACCAACAUCCAGGCCAACAUCACGUCGUACGGCCUGUACGUCGGAAACAUCGUCACCGACACGGCGUCGCAGUUCAACGGCCGCGCCAACACCGACUCGUCGACGCUGCCCUUCGACCUCAACCUGUACCCUCCCGACAUCUUCUCUCUCCUGCGCGCCCUUGCCGUCGAUGCCGGCCUCGGCACCGAGCAGCUCGACGGCAUCGUCCGCCUCGGCGGGUACGAGUACGUCCCGACGUCGCCCAACCCGUCGGGCGCAACUCGUCAGCGCACAAAGCGCGCCAUGCUCGGCGCGUUCGACCUGCCGAGCUACGUCCUGCGGGCGUUCGCUGGCCUCGAGGUCACGGUCGACCUCGUCUCGGCGGUUAAGAUCGGGGAGUACACGACGUCGCUCACCUACUCGCAGCCCAACGUGCCCGCCUACACCGACUCGACGCUCACGCUGCUCCUGCCGGUUCUCGCUCGGCCCAUCGUGCAGAAGAUCGUCGACGAGGCGGCGCUCAACAUCGACACCGUCAUGAUCCGCAACCCGACCAACAACGCCUUCACCGCCGGGCUCGUCGGCAGCAUCCGCAACUCGGGCCCGUUUGACGCCGUCAUUAGCUUCACCGAGGGCCUCACGGUCGCCUGGAACGGCCAGCCGCUCGGCCAGAUCGCCAUGCCCAACGUGUCGCUCGCGGGCGACGUCGGCGCCGACCUCAACAUUGACGCCGCGUUCGCCGUCGCCGACGUCGGCCACCUCACCGACUUUACGACGUACCUCCUCACGCAGCCGUCGUUCACGUGGCAGAUCUAUGGCCAGAACCUCGCCGUGUCGGCGCUCGGCAUCACGGUCCCGGGCAUCAGCAUCUUAAAGAACGUCGUCCUCGACGGCAUGGACGGGUUCAAGGGCCUCGUCAAGAUCGAGUCGUUCGACCUUCCCGCCAACGACCCGGCCGGCGGCAUCACGCUCACCUUGGCCACCUCGCUCACCAACCCGUCGUCGGUCGGUGUCGCCCUGUCGCAAAUCGGCUUCCAGAACUUCUUCGGCAGCACCAACAUCGGCCCCGUCGCGUCGACGGGCGCGUUCGACCUCAGCCCCAAGACGACGAUCGCGCUCCCGCUCGCCGGUCGCCUCGUGCCCCAGUCGUCGGACCAAGGCCUCGCCGACGUCAGCACGCUCUUCAACGGCUUCAUCCACGGCGUCCCGUCCGACCUCAUCGUCCAGGGCGACUACGCCGGCCCGAGCGACUGCAGCUGGCUCAACAACGGCAUCAAGCAGCUCGGCAUCCCGGUCGUCUUCCCGGCGGCGCAGAACCUCCAGAUCAUCAACGCCAUCACGAUCCCGUCGCUCACGCUCCAGUUCACCGAGGCGGACCCGUGGAAGCCGGCGUUCACGACGACGACGACCUCGGCCGCGUUCUCGCUCCCGUUCGCGUUCCCGGUCGACAUCACCAACCUCGCGUCCGAGAUCUAUGCGGCCGACACGGGCGCAGGUGCGACGUCGAGGCUCGUCAAGCGCGCCGACGGCGACUUUGCCCUGCUCAACAUUCCCGGCAUCCCGGUCAAGACGGACGUGACUGCGCGCACGAUCCAGCUCGCGUUCGACGGCGUCCCCUUUGCGUCGGUCGACAACGGCGCCUUCUCCAACUUCCUCGUCGACGUCACCGACGACGAGUCCAAGACGUUCACGCUGCGAGGGUCCGCCAACACGGUGGCCGGCACGGCGAUCGGCGCCCUCAACCUCGAGGACAUCGCCUUCUCGGUCCAGACGACGCUCCUCGGAUUGCAGGGGCUCAACGCCCGUCCGGCGACCGUCUCGGACCUCGACGUCUUCCACGGCUACCCCGAAUACCUGCAGAUCAACGUCAACGCCCAGCUGUACAACCCGUCCAACAUCACGAUCGGCACGGGCGACGUCGCGUUUGGCCUCAUCUUCCAGUCGCAGCAGAUCGGCACGGCCGACAUUGACAACCUCGUCCUCGUGCCGGGCGAGAACAACGUCCCGACCGCCGUCCACUACCAGCCGAGCGGCGGCGCCGCUCAAGCCGCAGGUCAGCUCCUCCUCGAGAACUACAUCCAGGCGGUCGACAGCAACACGGUCAUCCAGGGCACGGACGACACGACGCCGAUCGCGUCGCUCAAGGCGGCGCUCAAGACGAUCCAGCUCAACACGGUCAUCCCGGCCUACACGCAGAACCUCAUCACCCAGGCCUCGCUCUCGUUCCCGGUCGACAUCGCCGACACGGGCAUCGCCGAGGCGUCGUUCGACCUGUCGAACCCGUUCACGGCGAGCAUCAACCUGCGAGGCGUCGUCGCAAAGGCGACGUACCAGACGUUCUACCUCGGCCAGAUCAACCAGCCGACGCUCGACCCCGAGAUCUCGGCCGCCGGGCACAAGAACAUCACGUCGCGCAAGCUGCCGUUCGAGCUCACCGACGACCCCAAGUUCCUCAUCAACUUCCUCAUCGCCGUCGCGCAGGCCAACGGCGUCGACCUCGGCAUCCUCCUGCCCGAGUUCCAGUACGUGCUCAGCCUCCCGUCGACCGACACCGCCGUCACGAGCGAGGUCAACCCGGACCGCGAGACGUGCGCGCCGACCGGCACGACCAAGGAGGUUCAGAACAUCAUCCUCGCCGCGGUCAAGAACCUCAAGACGGACCUCAACAUCUCGGCGACCGUCGCGCUCGACGAGUACGUGACGCCACUCGACUUCCAGCAGCGCGGCGUGCCGACCGUCCUCGACGACUCGGUCCUGUACCUCACGGGCCUCCUCGGUCGCACCAUCGUCGCCCGCAUCGUCGACCAGGUCCAGCUCACCUUCAGCGGCGGGUUCGUGUCCGACAUCACCGACGCCGGCUUCAAGGUGGCGCUCAAGGGCUCCCUCACCGACGCAGGACCGUUCGACGCCCUCAUCGAGUUCCCUGACGGCGUCGACGUCUACUUCAUGAACGCCAAGAUCGCCGUCAUCGACUUGCCGCCCAUCUGCAGCCCCGGCGGGCAGGGCGUCCCUGACUACGAGACGACCGGCACCCUCACCAUCACCGACCUCGCCGGCUUCACCGACUUUGCGAGCUACCUCUUGAACAACCCGUCGUUCACGUGGGUCAUCACGACCAACACGCUCCAGGUGCUCGUCCUUGCCUCGCAGACCAUCUUCUCGAACGUGACGCUCACCAAGAACAUUACCUUCGACGCGCUCAACAUGCUCCCAGGCGUCGUCCUCACCAACCCGGACUUCCCUCGCGACGCGUCGAACGGUAUCCAGCUCACGGUCGACUCGACGAUCCCGUCGCCGAGCAACCUCGGGUUCGAGCUCGGCACCGUCAACUUCAUCGCGUCGUACAUGGGCUCGGUCAUUGGUCCUGUGUCGGGCGACGACUUGACGCUCGCCGCCAAGGCGACGACGCCUCUGCCGCUCGAGGGCGUCAUCACGUACCGCGACGACCAAGCCGGCCGCGACAGCCUCGGCGAGGUGUUCACCAUGUUCCUCAUGGGCAAGACCGUACCUCUUACCGUCACGGGCGACUCGGUCGUCACGCCGGCGCAGAGGGCGCCCGUCAACUGGCUGUCGGCGGCGUUCAAGACGCUCACGCUCAACGUGACGCUGCCGGGCAAGGUCUCGAAGAUCAUCUACGCUAUUUCGAUCCAGGACCUCAUCGUCACGCUCGUCGAGCCGUCGCAGGCGUAUGCGGCGCUGAUUCAGAGCAACGAGACGGACGUCACGUACCGGAACCCGUACGGUUUCAGUUUGCAGGCCAUCCAGGCUGGCGGCAACUUCAUCAUCAACUACGGCGGCACCGACGCAGGUGUGCUUCAAGUUCCCGUCCAGGACGUCGUUCGCUCCGAGACGUCGACCGGCAACGACGCCGACCUUGUUCUCGCCAUUCGCGAGCCGGGUCCUUUCACCUCGCUCAACAACGGCGCCUACGAGGCGUUCUUCGCCGCCAUCACGCUCACCGACAGUGUGUCGUUCACGCUGCACGGCGGCGCCAACGUGACGGCGAGGACCAAGGCGGGCGACAUCCCGAUCAGCGGCAUCCCGUUCGACGACAUCCCGUCGACCUUCGAGCCGGCCAUUGGCGGCUUUGGCGGCGUCGCGACCAUCCCGGAGACGCCGGUCGUCAUCGGCGGCGGCUCGGGCGACCACUUCAACCCGUCCAUCACGCUCGACACGAUCCUCAACAACCCGGCGCCGCUUAUCCUGCACACCAACCUCGACUCGUUCCAGGUCAUCUACCGCGGCGAGCUCGUCGGCCGGGCCUACAUCAACCCUCUCGAUCUCUACGAGGGCUCGAACACGCUCGCGACCGAGUUCCAGUACAUGCCGGCCGACCCGAACAACGCCGUCGCCGAGGACCUCCUCACCCAGUACCUGUCGACCAAGGGCCAGAUCCCGCUCACGAUCCAGGGCGACGCCGAGUCGUCGCCGUACGGCGCGCUCGACCAGGCGUUCUCGGGGCUCAAGCUCGAGGCGUCCUUCCCGGGCCAAGGCGACCCGCUCGUCCACGACAUCGAGGUCUACGUCGACCUCAUCACUGCCGUCUGCAACAGCAGCGCGUCGUUCGAUUUCCGGGUGCGUCCACAACCUCUCGCACCUGUCGCAAAAGUCCCGCUCUGA